UGCAACUUGAUUCUCGUCUUCGUACUUGUGAUACUCCGUACAUCAUACACUGAUACCCCUGGCACUGCUACAAGCUCCUUGAUUCAAUAUCGCUCUUCUUUCUUUUGAUGCUCUCUCAAACAGGUAAUAUACAAAGAAAGGGGAUAUUGUCUAGCACGCUUUUAGCUCCGUGAGCAACAUCAGCGACGAGUCGACGACCCAUGGAAACAACUCUACCAUCCGUUACAGGGACAGGGACAGGGACUUUACCAAUGUCGUCAAUGGAUCUUCUGCUGCAGCUUUGCGACGAGCUUUUGCUUAACAUUCUCGCGUUUCUGGAUGUUCCUGAUCUGUUGAGUGUCUCAAGGGUCUCCCACCGUCUACGGCGUCUCAGUCUGGACCCCAUGCUCCAUCUCCACCGCCUACACGACGUCUCUCUGGUCCUCUCACACUCGCUCGCCCAGCGGCCGCCGCUCGCCGCUCUCCUGCCACCACGCUCAACAAUCUACCUAUCCUCGACCCAUGUCGCCGCGCGCAAGCUUUCGCGGAGUCUGGUCUGCAUCCGGCUGAACCGGUCUCUAUCGCGGCGCCCGUCGGUCUCAUCGCUCGUAGACUCCAACAUCUUGCCCGGCGAAUGCUGCCGGCAUGACCGCCGCACGGGGGCGAUUGUGUGGACCGGCGUGACGCCAAACAUUCUCGGCGCAAAGCGCCAGAUUGAACGAGAGCAGGUCAAAGACGGACUGCGCGCGUGGAUCGGAAAACGAGCGAAAGCGGUAGAGAAGAGGGCGCGCGCAGCGUCCGCCGCGGAACGAGAGAGGGGCGAGAGACCGAGCGUGAAAGCGCUGGUGCAGAGGUUUACGAGGCGAGCAGCAGCAGCUGCUACAUCGGUAUCUGCUGGACGAGCGGUAGGAGCGGUAGGAGCGGUAGGAGCGGUAGGGGCGGUAGAUGCAAGGACCGCUCUUAGUCAAAGCAGUACGAUAGGUGCGAACAAUUCAAACGCCGGUAUCACGACACCGGCCCGAGACGUAUACUCGCGGGGGCGGCGAGGCGCUCCGCAUCAUCGGCCCUGGUCUAGAUUCUCUUCAUCAAUGUCUACUCGUGACCGCGAUCCUCCUACUCGCGCGCAUGUGCUCAUGCUUCGUCGGUUCUGGGAAGGCAUGGCGCGGCAGUAACAUGAGCAUUGUCCUUCUUAGUUCUCCCUUGGCUGGAUCUCUUUCUCUCUUUCUUUUUGUCUUUAUAAUUUCAUGGCGCAGCGGCAGCGGAGUUUCAAUUCUGCAAUUUAGAAUCAGGAACAACAUGGGAUACUUGAUUUUCAUAUAGGAGGCGCAAUGUUCACCGGU